AGGGAUGGGAAGGGGGAGCGGAGACACAACGCAGAGCGACUCUGCAGGCAGGACGGAACCAAAGUGUUCAUUCACUUGGUCGCUCGCACUCGCCCACCACACCGAUCCUGCUAAGCCGGCGCCAGCCUGCUAUGGACUGAUCGAGCCACUCGGCUCACAGGCACGAAGCGUCCUCAUCGAGCACAGGCGUCCGGCCGUCGGACAAAGCAACAGGCGCCGCUGACUCUCCGUCGAAAUGCUGCGCUUCGUGGCGCUGGUCAUCGUGUGCCUGGGCAGCAUGUGCGUGUGCCCGGGGGUCCUGGGCACCGGCAAGAGCGUCAGAGCCGGCGAGUAUGGGGUCAAGCUGUGCGGCAGGGAGUUCAUCAGGGCGGUCAUCUUCACCUGCGGCGGCUCGCGGUGGAAACGGCUGGACGUGGAGGCGGCUGCGCCGGUGGGACCGGCAGACUCAUCUCUGCCAAGCUCACAGUAUGGCGACUCCUCCAAGGAUGCAGAUGUCCUUCAAGCGGAGUGGCACCAGAAAAUGGCCACAGCCCUGGCUCAAGGCCUGGUGAAGGAGCUGUCUAAUCCUUAUGACGAUUACGGCGACUAUGAGGGUGUGCCGAAUGCCUUCAGCACGUACCUCCAUCAGACGGCCAACGGUCUCACAGCUCGCUCCGGAACGACUUGGAGGAAGUCACCUUUAAGGAAACGGGACUCAACGCUGGGCAUCGGCACCAUCUGCUGUAAGUGGGGCUGCACAAGAGCGGAGAUCAGUGCACUGUGUUGAGACGAACACAUCUGGCAAAAUCUCACAGGGGUCUCAAACACCUGAAAAUGUGUACAUGGACUGUGCAUCAUUUUGAAAACACUCUGUACACUCACUAGCAGACCACCGAUGGUGCAGUUAGGGAUCCCACCCUCCAACGUGAAUCAUUGUUUUGCCCUUGCUGGCCAUUUGUUUCAGGGUUGUGCCAUGUUUCUUGGAAGAUAAUAAAGUUAUUUUGUUUUUCAUUUUCA